AUGGCCAACUACCUUCGCAGCCUCUUUGGCAGCAACUCUGGACGCUCCCGCUCCAAUUCCACGCCUGGCCCAAAGCAGGGUCAGCCUCAGCAUUCGAAGCUAUCUAAGUCACACGGACGCACCCAUUCCUCUGGCGUCCCGACCGCUAUAUACGCCACCAUGCCUGUGGGCGCAUCGGCGAAGAAACCCGUAGCACCUUCGAAGCCUCGCCGUGCUAACAGCUACUCGGAUAACCCCGCCAUGAAGCCCUCACCUCUCCGCGUGGAUCACUCGCGGCGCUCUCUCGAUCAGGAUCGCUCACAGACGCCGUCGCGUCCGAUCUAUCGCUCAAGUCGCAGCUCAAGUCGUAACCCGCAUGAUGGUCGUUAUCCUGCGCACAUAGGUUCAGGAUACGCUACAUCGUCCAGCUCGCGCACCAACUCAACUUCUUCACUAUAUCCCGGUUCAGUUGCUGGCAGUCAUCACUACGCACCCUCCCCGCUGGCACCAAGCUCGCACGGCAGCGCUAGCGCAAGAUCGUCCAGCGAACGGGGACGGCCUCAGCUUAAGCAGAACCAUACAUGGCCCAACAGCGUGGAUUCCACCGGGAGCGCGGCCUCGGCCUUCCCUUCACGCUCGCGUCAACGCGAGCCGCAAUUGAACAUGCACCCGCUUCUGGCAUAUGCGCGCCGGCACCCUGCGCCCCUAUCCUUCGACGUCGCGUUUACACCGUCAGCGCGGUCUGUUCUUGAUCGCACGAUGCACGCACCAGUGCCAGCCGUGACACUUGCGCAACCGGCGACGGAACCGCCGAUCCCGGCGAACUCGCGCCUUGUGCUUCGUUCUGAGAAGUUCCCAUGGCUCGUCGUAGUAGGGCCAGUUGCCAGCGCACCAAUCUUCACCCUGGGCGGGAACAGCAAGUCGAGAACGCCGAAGAGCUCCGCAGCGCUAACGAACUUGGACGUACUGUAUGCCGUGCAUACCACGCUUAUGACACGUAUUACGCCCGAAGAGUGGGCUGGGUUAGGCGCCGGCUCCAAAGCCCAGCGUAAGGUCGCGGCUGCAUACGAGAAGCGUUGCACCCGCAUGGGCGGCGGAUGGGAGGGCGGCGUCCGCCGUGUUGACUGGCUGCAUUCCAAGACACAUCUUGUUGGCGUCGAGAUGGACAAGAACAGUCCAGCCGGCGGCAAGGUCGGCAAGCUUAUUUUCGGCAGGGGCUGA